AAGGUUAAAUGCAUCCCUUCCUUCGGGAAACAUUCACUAUGCACGCUGAAUAAUUCGAGGUCCACGGAAGGAUGCUGAUCCGGUCCGGUCAACGUCGCUGGUGUAGUAUAAGACAACACCAUAGUUUCUUUCCCAUUAUAUCCCUAAACAAAGUCCAAAGUCCAAACACCAAAAUCGUAACUCACGAAACUCUCGAAACUGUCGAAAUUCUCCAUUGAAGAGCCCAAAAACCAUGUCCUCGCAACUUAAGCCAAUCAAAUUGUGGGGCAAAGGCGGACCCAAUCCACCGAAAAUUGCCAUCCUCUUAGAAGAGCUUGAGCUUCCAUAUGAGGUCGAAGACAUCUCGUUUCCCGAUCUCAAGAAGCCCGAGUUCCUCGCUAUUAAUCCCAACGGCCGGAUGCCAGCUAUCUACGACCCCAACACCGACCUCACAUUAUGGGAAUCUGGUGCGAUUAUCGAAUACCUGAUCGAGAAGUAUGACACGAAGCACAAAUUGAGCUUUGCCCCCGGGACGCCAGAGUCGUACCAUGCGAAGCAGUGGCUCUUCUUCCAGACAACAGGCCAAGGCCCGUACUAUGGACAGGCAGUGUGGUUCUCAAAGUUCCACCCAGAGAAGGUGCCAAGCGCUGUUGAACGCUACACGAAAGAGAUUAAUCGAGUUACUGGAGUGGUUGAAGGUCAUCUUUCAGGGAGGAAGACGGACACUAGUACUGGUGGGCCAUGGCUCGUGGGGGACAAAUUUUCCUAUGCCGACCUCGCGUGGAUCCCAUGGCAGGAUCUUACAGCAAGGAUGAUGCCGAAGGAAGCGUUCAAUGCGGAUGAUUUCCCAGCGGUGAAGGAGUGGAUGGAUAAGAUGACCUCGCGGCCGGCAGUGAAGAAGGUCAUGGAUGAGGCACUUAAGGGGCAUUAGGGGUGGGACUUUUCUCAUAGUCGACAAAGCGAGUAGCGAAGUAUUAUUUUUCAAAAUCGACGAGCUAUAAACACCGUCCCUUUGGCGCCGCGACUGGAUUCCUCUAGAUGUGAGGUUGAAGUUCCUAUGCUGCCUCGUAGAGUCUCAAAGUCCACGGUCGAAAUCAAUUCGCACUGUCGGCAAUAGAAGCUUGAGUGCCAAUUACUGCAAGUCGCUGCGUUCUAGAUAGUAUCAGUCCUUCUCGUAGGUUGCGAGUAUGUGCUACACCCCGUUCUAGUUCACCUGUGUGUCGUCAGUGGUGUACAGCGCUCGAGCUACUCGGGAGUUGGAAAAGGCGC